AUGGCCACGCUGUUCGAAAACGUUGCUAGCAUCGAUGAUCUCCUCUCCGCUUGGUCUAAGUCCGGUCCAAGUGAUGAGGAGGUCAUUGCAUAUGCUACAGCUGCUAUCGAGCAACUCGGAGACAGCCAAAUGCAAAACCAAUUUGCAGAAAACGUGAGGCAAGCCGGAGUCUGGGCGAACGAAGUCGACAAAGCCUUCGACAAGGUAACCCGAAGCUUUGCGGACAUGAAUACGAGGUAUGGGAAGGACUUUCCUGGAUUCGGCAAUUACAACACGCAGUGGAUUGAAUACAAUCAACGAUGGAUAACACUACUUGAUGAUUCUCGAAGGGUUGCGUCCCAGAAUGUUGCUAUACUGAGGCGUUUUGACCAAGUGUUUCUCCACAUGGUCGAACAGGUACAGACCGCUCAAGAUCGUGAAGAUUGUAUAAUAGAGUUACAGUCAUUCAUUGACGAGGACCAUGAAGAUUCCACUAAGAUGUACCAAGGUUUCCUCGGGCUCAAGCGGGACAUUGAAGACUUUGUAAGAAGGAUGGAUAGGUUCAUUGAAGAGACAGGCAGCAAAAUUGCGGAGGACAUCAAAGCGUUGACUCAACAAAUCAAGGAUCUUGAAGAUGAGAUAACAAUUUUAGAUGGCAAGAUCAAAGAUGCCCAGACGGCCCUUGUUGCCACCGGCGUUCUCCUCAACAUCAUUGGAAUCAUUGUUUCUGGUUCCGUCCUUGCGUCCUACCAGGCAGAUCGCAGAACAAAAGCUGCAGACCUUGCCGAUAAACAAAGGAAACUAGAAGAUGCCAACCGCAAGCAACAAGGGCUUGCUCACCUUAAAACUGAGUAUGACGGCCUCAAACCGAGUAUUACUUUGAUCUGCGAGAAACUUCUCUUGUUUGCAGAGAUUUGGUCAUCUUUGCUUGAUGCAAGGAGCACCUUCCCCUACACCAUUUCCACCAUUCCAUCCACACACUCUGGCGUCCCCCACCCAUACUCCUGUCCUACCAGCCACUCCAGCCGUUGUUCCGUGGCAGCCAACUCCCAACCACCCUCUUGCAACCCAUCUCCCACUCUGCAAGACCUGCCAGGAAUGGAACCAGAGCCAACCAGAGCCACUCUCCUUGAGGCUGUCACAGCCCUCACAGCCACAGUUGGGUCCUUGCAGGACCAAAUCAGAAAUCAAGGCCAGCAGCUCACAGAGCUUAAAGCCAUAUGCAAGGAAACUGCUGACCUACUUGGCAACAAGGCCAAAAGCCCAGGACAAGCCCAGCCUGGCCCAUUGACUGGGCCUAUCACCCCUCCUACCCACACAGGGGGGGAAACCCACACUCCAGCAAUGGUUAGGCCUGGGCUCAAGGAUCCCUUCUGA